AUGGUACAUGCCACGGAGGAUACAAAUGCGAACCCACAACAUGCAACGACACUCUUGACGCAGAGCGCUGUUAUCAAGGAUGGAUCGGAUAGCUUCCCUAAGAAUGACGUAGUCAUCAGCUACCGAGGUGGCAUUGUCGAGAACAGACACAACGUACACGCAGCCAUUGUUGAUGCCUCUGGCAAACUACUCUACACAAUUGGCGACUACCAAAGGAUGACCCUUGCGCGAUCGUCAACGAAGCCAAUCCAGACCCUUGCGAUCUUGGAAACUGGAGCUGCGGAGAGAUUCGAUUACGAUGACGCAGAUGUAGCGCUCAUGUGCGCUUCGCAUAGUAGUGAACCUCGACAUAUCGAACGAGCACAAGCGAUGCUGGAGAAGACGGGAGAGAAAGAGAAGGUUCUCACAUGUGGUGGACACCCCGCUCAGAACGCUGCUGUCAAUCGCGCGUGGAUCCAAGAAGAUUUUACACCGACUGCUAUCUACAACAAUUGCUCCGGAAAACACGUCGGUAUGGUAGCAGGUGCGGUGUGUCUGGGUGUGACAACUCACGACUACUUUUUACAUGAGCAUCCCAUGCAGCAGCGCGUGUACCGAGCUGUUGAGGAUAUAAGCGGACUCACGAAGAAGGAAGUGCUAUGGACUGUCGACGGAUGCAACCUCCCUACGCCGGCGAUGCCUCUUCCGAACCUCGCGCUCAUGUUUGCAAGGCUUGCAGAUGCCGCUGACCUUUCCGAUGGUCCCUCGAAAAAGACACUCGAUCAGAGAACACAUCAUCUAGCUCGGAUCCACAAGUGCAUGGCCAGCUACCCCGGACUGGUUGCUGGCGAAGGUCGCUUCGAUACAGCGCUCAUGACGCCUUAUAACGGACAAGUCGUUGGCAAGAUCGGAGCAGAUGCCUGUUAUGCAGUAGCAGUUCGUGCUUCACCCGACGCUGAUCUGGCUGGGAUGAAUCACGGUGCUAUAGGAAUCGCCGUCAAGGUCGAAGACGGCAACCUCGAUGUUUUGUAUGCUGCCGUCAUGGAGAUUCUGGAACAGCUGAACAUCGGUUCAAGCGAAGUAAAGCAGUCGUUGGACGGUUGGCGAUAUCCAAAGAUUGUCAAUACUGCAGGUGUUGUCACGGGCGGUUACAAACAUUGCUUCAAGGUACGAAGUGUGGUGUAG